AUGUUCAAGGUAUUUAACAGGAAAUCCAAUGGUUUCACGAAGAGACAUAGGCUACAGUCCUGUUCAGUCCCGGUCCUGGUGUCUGAUGCCUCGAUAGCAGACCUCGAGUGUCACUUCCAGAAACACAACACUUCAUUCAAGAAAGACCAGUCAAACAAUACUGUCUUCUGUACUCCAAGGGGAUCUAUACAGACACCGCCGUGUAACGUUUCCAAGAAUUCUUCCUGUCAGGCUUCUCCUAGAUACUGUCCACUGCAGGAGUCUCCCCAAGUUUGUCCCUGGCAAGAAUCACCCCGAGGUUGUGCCCUGCAAGGGUCUCCUCGACGUUGUCCCAGCCAAGAGCCCAGCUGUCCGGCCGAGCGUCCGCCACCGUGUCACAAGUCUAUAGAUUCAAGUCGGUGCUAUGGGGAAGGUCACAAUCAAGGACUAUCGAAAUUUGCCCAGCCCGAAUGUCCCGCCAACAAACCUCAGAAAAAAAAGAAACAAGAGAAGGUUCAUUGUGAAUGCGGUAAAGAAAAGGUCCAUUGUGAAUGUGACAAAGAAAAGGUCUAUUGUAAAUGCGGUAAAGAGAAAGACGAUUGUAAAUGCACCAAGGAGAAGGUAAUUUGUAAAUGCGGCAAAGAGAAGGUCAUUUGUAAAUGCGGCAAAGAGAAAGGCGAUUGUAAAUGCGGUAAAGAAAAGGUCAUUUGUAAAUGCGGCAAAGAGAAAGACGAUUGUAAAUGCACCAAGGAGAAGGUAAUUUGUAAAUGCGGCAAAGAGAAGGUCAUUUGUAAAUGCGACAAAGAGAAAGACGAUUGUAAAUGCGGCAAAGAAAAGGUCAUUUGUAAAUGCGGCAAAGAUAAGGUCUAUUGUGAAUGCUUUGAAGAGACGGUUGAUUGUGAAUGCGUUGAAGAGAUAUACUUUAACGAUGAAGUCAAGAAGAGUAGUUGUUCAAGUCCUAAGAGCUGCUGUACCGAGCGCUCAGACUCACAGAGGUGCAAGCAAUCGCCGUCGGAGUUGUUCACGUAA